UUAUACCGCGUUUGCAUUGUCGCUACGGUAAAUAAUAUCAAUUGCAAAUAAAAUAAAUUUACGUACCUACACUAAUACAGCUCAUAUGUACAAUAACAAUAAACAAUGUGUGGGUAAAAGUACUUUAGAAGGAAGUGGAUUAACUAGUCAAAACAGGUGUGCUAUUAAAACAAUUUGUUUUGUUUUAUUAAUCUUCACAUACACUUGUGUAUGUGUCGGCGACAAUUUCAAGUGGACAGUGCAAAUUGUCAAAUCAAGUCGUUAAAAUUCAACAAUAUGUUACAACAUCAACAACAAUCACAGGUGUCGCAGGGAUACUACGAUUACAAUCAAGCCAGUCCGACAAGUUUUACCAAUUCGGAUUCUUUAAAUACCACACCGUUUUCAGUGAAAGAUAUACUGAAUUUGGUGAAUCAAAACGAGAGUUAUGAAGUGUUUGGCUCCUUGGAGAGUCCCAUGCACAGUGAUUCGACACCCGCAUCUUGCGUCAACGAUUACGACACACAAAGUUAUCAAGAAACUCCAGUUAUGUCACAACUUCAAGUGCCCACCAUGACGCCGGCGACAAUGGCGGCGGUCGGUGCAACAACAACAUCCGGCUAUCAAUAUCCUCUGCACAACCAUCAUCCUCAUCCACACGCCGCUUUUGGUGAUUAUGCCACCGCCGCUUAUCCAMCGCAUUUACACCCACAAGCGCAUUCGCACGGCCAUCCCGGUCCGCAUCCUCACGCGCAUCCACACCCGCACACACAUACACAUCAUGUACCUCCUCCUUACCAUCAACACUACGGCGCCGUGCAGUGGUAUAUGCCAACACCAGCCACACCUGCAAUGACCAAUGGCAAUGCGAUGUGUGCUCCAGGCAGCAGCAGCGUCUCACCCAGCGCUCCCGGUGCUUACGGUUUGCCAGCCGCGCAUCCCACAGCUUACAGCUACAACUAUCAACAGCCGAGCGAUGUUUACGGUAUGAAUGGCGUGGGUGGCACGAAUGGCGUUGGCAGCCUCGAAAUCGCCAGCAGCAAAAGCGACUACACUUCCACACCAUAUGUGACGCCGUCGCCCACCUUGGAUCUGAACAAUUCGACAGAGAUAGGCGAUCCGCACUCAGCCACAUCGGCGAUGACAGCUAAAUUAACGGCAUUGCCAUCGAAAGUUAGUGGACAUGGUAAGCCCACGGUGGUGUCACAAUCGCUGCAGAACUUAAUGGAUACGACAAAUAACGGUUCCUCAAUGCAGCAGCAUUUAGCCAAUAACGGUGCAGAAGGUUUGCACAAUAUAAAUGGACAUUUGAGUAGCCAAAAAARCGUCGCCGACAAUGUACAGGUUUCCAACGAGUCUAUUGGAGGAAAUACCGGCGGCAGCGGAGAGUGUGGAGUUUCUAAACGCAGAGACACCUCACAAGUCACUUCCUCGCGGUCGGARCUACGCAAGAAUGGCAAACCGCGUUGUAAGCGCAAACCACGCGUGCUUUUCUCGCAGGCUCAAGUAUUGGAGUUGGAAUGCCGCUUCCGUAUGCAAAAGUAUCUAACGGGUGCGGAGCGUGAAGUCAUCGCUCACAAACUGAACUUAUCGCCGACACAGGUAAAAAUUUGGUUUCAAAAUCGCCGUUACAAGUCGAAACGCGGUGAAAUCGACGGCGACACAAUCUCUGUGAAAUUGAAAGCGGACAGCGGCGCGACGGGCGUAAUGACGUCGGGUGGUGUUAUGUGGGGCCAACUGCAUCGCCAGCAUCAAACACAUCCACAGCAAACAGCGCUGCAAGCGAUGCAUCACUCAUAACACGCAGAGCAAGGUGGA